CGUUUUUCUUUUGUGAGCAUAUAUCCUUCACUUUGUUUGCCAAGAUGAUGGACAUGUCAGAGUUCGGGGAAGCUGCACCUUUCCUUCGAAAAAGUGACAAGGAAAUCAUGUUGUUGCAGACAGUGGCCUUUGAUGGAAAGAAGAAAUGUUGGAUUCCUGAUGAAAAGAAAGCAUACAUUGAAGCAGAAAUCAAAGAGAGUGGUGGUGGCAAAGUUACUGUGGAGACAGCAGAUGGGAAAACUGUUACUGUAAAAGAAGAUGAUGUUCAGCAGAUGAACCCUCCAAAGUUUGACAUGAUUGAAGAUAUGGCUAUGUUGACCCACCUAAAUGAAGCUUCUGUGCUAUAUAAUUUGUAUAGACGCUACUCUAACUGGAUGAUUUAUACUUACUCAGGCCUCUUCUGUGUGACAAUAAACCCUUACAAAUGGCUUCCUGUCUACAAAACAGAAGUAGUUUCUGCUUACAAGGGGAAGAGACGCUCAGAGGCUCCUCCCCACAUCUUCUCCAUUGCAGAUAAUGCAUAUCAUGAUAUGUUGCGUAAUCGAGAGAACCAAUCAAUGCUGAUUACUGGAGAAUCUGGUGCUGGCAAAACUGUGAACACAAAACGUGUCAUUCAGUAUUUUGCCACCGUUGCAGCAAUUGGUGAACCUGGGAAAAAAAAUCAGCCAGCCACCAAGACUGGGGGAACCCUGGAAGAUCAAAUCAUCCAAGCCAACCCAGCUUUGGAAGCUUUUGGGAAUGCCAAAACUUUGAGAAAUGACAACUCUUCACGUUUUGGUAAAUUCAUCAGAAUCCAUUUUGGGACUACAGGGAAGCUAUCAUCUGCUGAUAUUGAAAUCUAUCUUUUAGAGAAAUCCCGAGUUAUUUUUCAACAACCAGGUGAAAGAGACUAUCACAUCUUCUAUCAAAUCUUGUCAGGAAAGAAAGCAGAGUUACAAGAUAUGCUAUUGGUGUCAACAAAUCCAUAUGACUACCACUUCUGUUCACAAGGUGUUGUUACUGUGGAUAAUUUAGAUGAUGGGGAAGAGCUGAUGGCAACUGAUCAAGCCAUGGAUAUUUUGGGUUUUGUUGCGGAAGAAAAAUACGGUGCCUACAAACUCACUGGUGCAAUUUUGCACUUUGGAGACAUGAAAUUUAAACAGAGACCCAGGGAAGAGCAGGCAGAAGCUGAUGGCACAGAGAACAAUUUUCUGCCCACUAAGUUGGCCCGAAUAGAGGAGUUGGAGGAAGAACUGGAAGCAGAAAGAGCUGCCCGAGCAAAAGUGGAGAAGCAGCGAUCAGAUCUGGCCCGAGAACUAGAAGAACUAAGUGAGCGACUAGAGGAAGCUGGAGGUGUUACUUCAGCACAGCUGGAAAUGAACAAGAAACGUGAGGCAGAGUUUCUCAAACUUCGACGGGAUCUUGAAGAAGCCACUUUGCACUACGAAGCUACUGCAGCUACACUAAGGAAGAAGCAUGCGGACAGCAUAGCUGAGCUCGCGGAGCAAGUUGACAAUUUGCAGAGGGUCAAACAAAAACUGGAGAAAGAGAAAAGUGAGCUGAAGUUAGAGGCCGAUGACCUAUCAUCUAACAUGGAGCAGCUGGUCAAGGGAAAGGCAAAUGCAGAGAAACUCUGCCGGACUUUUGAAGAUCAUCUCAGUGAGGCCAAGACUAAAGUAGAUGAAAUGACCCGGGUGAUAAAUGAUCUCACUGCGCAGAAAGGGAAGCUGCAAACUGAGAAUGGUGAAUUUACAAGGCUGCUGGAAGAAAAAGAAUCACUCAUCAACCAACUUUCUCGAGGGAAAUUGUCUUUCACUCAACAAAUAGACGAACUUAAAAGGCAGCUAGAGGAAGAGACCAAGUCCAAGAAUGCUUUGGCCCAUGCUCUGCAGGCUUCUCGCCAUGACUGUGACCUCUUGCGUGAGCAGUUUGAGGAGGAACAAGAAGCUAAGGCUGAAUUGCAGAGGGCACUUUCUAAAGGGAAUUCAGAAGUAGCACAAUGGAGAACUAAAUAUGAAACAGAUGCAAUCCAAAGAACAGAAGAACUUGAAGAAGCUAAGAAAAAAUUGGCAGCUCGUCUCCAGGAGGCAGAGGAAGCUGUUGAAGCUGCCAAUGCCAAAUGCUCAUCUCUGGAAAAGACAAAACACCGACUGCAGAAUGAAUUGGAGGACAUAAUGAUUGACUUAGAGAAGGCCAACUCAGCUGCAGGAGUUCUGGACAAGAAGCAGCGCAAUUUUGACAGGAUUAUUGCAGAAUGGAAACAGAAGUAUGAAGAAUCCCAAGCCGAACUUGAGAGUGCCCAGAAGGAAUCUAGGAGCCUCAGUACAGAAUUAUUUAAACUGAAAAAUGCAUAUGAAGAGAGCCUAGACAAUGCAGAGACCUUAAAAAGAGAAAACAAGAAUCUCCAAGAGGAAAUUUCAGAUCUAACUGAUCAGAUCAGUGAAGGAAACAAGAACCUUCAUGAACUAGAGAAAAUGAAGAAGCAGAUUGAACAAGAAAAAGUAGAAGUCCAGCUAGCCCUGGAAGAAGCUGAGGGAGCUCUGGAACAUGAAGAAAGCAAAACAUUACGCUUUCAACUGGAACUUUCCCAAAUUAAAGCAGACUUUGAACGAAAAUUGGCAGAAAGAGAGGAGGAAAUGGAAAACUUCAGGAGAAACCAGCAGCGUACAAUAGACACACUUCAGGCUACCUUGGAUUCUGAAGCUAAAAGCAGAAAUGAGGCUGUCCGGCUGAAGAAGAAGAUGGAAGGUGAUCUCAAUGAAAUGGAAAUCCAGUUGAGUCAUGCUAACCGGCAUGCUUCCGAAGCAACUAAGGCCACACGCAUCCUUCAGACUCAAAUAAAGGAAUUGCAAAUGCAGCUUGAUGAUUCAACACAUCUUAAUGAGGAUUUCAAAGAGCAAUUGGCAGUCACUGAUCGACGUAAUACUCUUCUCCAAUCUGAGCUGGAUGAGCUGAGGGCUGUGCUGGACCAGACAGAACGUAGUCGUAAAUUGGCAGAACAAGAAUUAUUAGAAGCCACUGAACGUGUCAACCUUCUACACACCCAGAAUACAAGCCUAAUCAACCAGAAGAAGAAGCUGGAGACUGAUGUUACUCAAAUACAAACUGAGGUGGAAGAAGCUAUACAAGAAUGCAGGAAUGCUGAAGAAAAGGCUAAAAAAGCAAUCACUGAUGCAGCAAUGAUGGCUGAAGAACUUAAGAAAGAGCAGGACACCAGUGCUCACUUGGAGCGCAUGAAAAAGAAUAUGGAACAGACUAUCAAAGAUUUACAGAAGAGACUUGAUGAAGCAGAACAAAUUGCCCUCAAAGGGGGCAAGAAGCAGAUUCAGAAGCUGGAAUCGAGGAUUCGUGAGCUAGAAAAUGAGUUAGAGGCAGAAAUUCGUCGAAAUACUGAGUCUCAGAAAGGAGUCCGCAAAUAUGAGAGGCGCAUCAAGGAGUUGACUUACCAGGCAGAAGAAGACAAAAAGAAUUUGACAAGAAUGCAAGAGUUAAUUGAUAAAUUGCAACUGAAAGUAAAAAGCUACAAGCACCAAGCUGAAGAAGCUGAAGCUCAAGCUAAUCAAUACCUUACAAAAUAUAGGAAACAGCAGCAUGAACUGGAUGAUGCCGAAGAACGAGCUGAGAUUGCUGAAUCUCAGGUUAAUAAGCUCAGGACCAAGUCAAGAGACAUUGGCAUGAAAAAGGUUCACAAUGAAGAAUAAACAUACUUUCCUUGAAUAACUGAUGGUUGGAAUAGUGUUCACAAAGAGCACUCAUCAA